GUCAUGUGGGCCGAUCACCUGAAAUGCGCAGAAGAUAUUCGGUAAAAUUCUUGCCGAAGAAUAGGGGCUGUGUGACGUGGAUUCGCAUAUAUAUUCACAUUAUUUUUUUUUUUCUAAUUCGAUUUGCAUUUAUUUUUGCAUGUCAUGUCUCCGGCCACGCUACUAUCAUACUGACAAAACAAUAAUCGGGGGAUUAACGGAAUGACGAAAUGCAGUGCGUAAUUGCUGGUGAAAAUCCGGGGAAUGUUUUCUCCUACGAAAUUUACAAGUGAUAUAAAAACCCGUCUUUAGCUUUAGCCAGCAAGAUAGCUAUUUUUUUUCUGGCUACAAGCGUGGUAAGUGGGUAGGUAUGGAGAACCAAGAGAGCUCAGUUAAUUUGGAAGCGAUCACUGCUGAUGAAAUCAAUAUGGACCCAAUCGGCAACACACAAAGAAGAGAUAUUUACGAAGUGCAACCAAGACGCAACAAAUCCCUUAAAUCAAUUGCGUUAAAUAUAUUAAAGUAUCUUCCAGAGGACAUUCUUCGUGAAGAGCCAGAUUUUUCAUCGAUUAAAUCCAACAACACUAUCCCGGAUUAUGGGCCGUGUGGAGAGUGUAGUACCCCCAUUUUGGCAGAAGAUCCACCUAGAGCGCUCGUUUUAAACGUUUGUGGCGAUAUGAUCCAUUGGACUUGUGCGAAAACAAUGUAUAAAGAUGGAACAUUACUUUGCUCAUGUGGUAAGGCAGAUAAUAGUGAUCCAUUAUUACCUUUCCAAUACAGCAUAGUCGAUUAUGGAGGUAGAGAAAAGAGCAGUAUUUCGGAAUCUGAGAGAUCCUCUCUUAUUAACCUUAGAAACCUUGGAUAUAAUAUCCUCAAAAGUCUCGAAGAUAAGACUGUUAGAGAUAUUGAUUUCCCAGAACUAGGUUCAUGCUCUGAAUGUGGCAAUGACAUUUUAAUGUCCCCUCUCAAGGCGUUCACAUACCUCAGUUGCGGACAUAUUUUUCACAGACUCUGUAUCGAAAAUAGACUUUUUAUUGGCACUCCAAGCGCAUGUCCAGCCCCCGACUGUGGAAAGAGUGUGGACAUCUUAGAUAAAGCUGGUAUCAUUUCCAAUCCGGAUCCCAGAAUGACCUCCCAAUCGAGUGGAAUUUCACCUUCAAUGGGAACGUUUGCCCUAUCUUCACCGCCUAUACGGAUGUUAGGGAUCGAGGGUCCAGUAACUCAGCAAGACAAAAGUACUUUGAGAUGCGCUAAAUGCUCUGAAGACCUUUCUUCGUCCCUCCCUCCUCUAGGCUUUCUUCGAAUCGCCCCUCAACCUCAAGGUCCUUCGAAACCGCUCGUAUAUUUAACCUGCAAGCAUAUUGUCCAUUACAACUGUAUCGAUAAUCCACGAAAGCUAUGCCCUAUAUGUCCAUCAACUAAUGAUACGGAAACUGAUGAUAUGGAAACUGACGACGAUGAAACAGUAACCAACAAUUUUGAAACCCAGGGCUCGAGUACCACGCAGAAUAAACGUACUAUGGAACCUGCUUCUACCGAAAAAUCAUCUAGCAAAAAGCAGAAGACCUUAACUAAUGUCGGGGAAUCACCUACUCUGAAAAGGCUUAUCAAGGAGUUAGCAACACCAAGCUCUGCAUCGAGUACCACUGAUACACAACCCACAAUCGCAGACCGAGGCAAUCUUACUGAUUUAUAUAAUGCGAUCCUUACAGCUGAAGAAAAAAAUAGAGCUACAAAUCAAGAGAUUAUUUUGCGAUAUUAUUCGUUUGGGGAAGAACUUGAAAAUAUGUUUGAUAGAUUCAAAAGUCUCCAUAGAGACCGUAAGGCUCAGAGAAUGCUCGUCAAAGAAGUUACAAAGCAACUCCCAAGCGAUCUAUCGAAAAAUACUAUUGAGAAAAGGAUAGAAAGAGCAAGAAAGAUUUAUGAUUUAUUUAGCACCAUUGGGUUUGAAAAGAUACAGCGGGUAAAGACCCCAGUGUCGCAUAUCUAUGGAUUAAGCUGGGAAGAUAUCGAUACUCUUGGAGAGAAAUUUAGAUAGGCUACUGCGCCACAGUCACGUGAUUUUCUGACGGGGCGUCAGAGAAUUUGAAAUCCAAAAUAUAUAUAUUUGAUAAUCCUUCCCUUUAGAUUAUUUUCGCCUGUCAAUUAAUUAGCUUUGCAUGUGCAUAUCAAAUAAAGUUUUGUUCACAUAGUGAACUUUUUCUCCUU